AUGAGACAAUCCACCGUUUUUGUUGCAGCCAAGUUCCUCAUUUUGGUGUUUGCCGCAGUCACAUAUGCUGGUCAUGGUCAUCAUGGAGAAGACAACGGUCCCGCUUAUUACAAAUUCGAAUAUGGAGUGCAUGAUCCGCACACCCACGACAUCAAAUCCCAACACGAGCACAGAGACGGUCACAACGUGAAAGGAGGAUACACCAUGAAGGAGGCUGACGGCACUACUCGAGUUGUCGAAUACGUUGCUGAUCACAAAGGGGGUUUCCAGGCUGUCGUCAAAAGAAUUGGGGAAGCUCAACAUCCAGCUGUUUACGGACAUGGUCAUCACAAGAAGGAACACCAUGGUCCUGGUGGUACCAGCUAUGUUGGUGUCACUCAUUAUGGAUACAAGCACUGA